CAAUGGGAAAGCGAGAGAGAGCGAUCGUAAGCAUUUGUGUGCAUGCGUGUACAUUUGUGUGUGUUUGUGAGAGAAGGAGAGAGAAGAGAGAGAGAGAGAGAGUUGAGGGUAAUGCACCAUGCAGACACCCGCGGAUUGAUCCCUCCAUUACGCACCUUAGGAAGAUUCGGAAGAGGAGAGCGCGUUGAAUUCAGGAGAAUUAAAAUCGUGUCCUUCACACGCACAGGAGGAUGACAUACAUUUUCAUUAAUAUUUAGCCAAGACUCCAAACUUGAUCUUGAGUGCAGAGCAGAGUCCAGCUGCCAUUCAUCCUCACAGGAAUGGUGGAUCACUUACCGCUUGGUGAAGAGACCUUCCUGUACUGUACUAGCUUAUCGCAGUGUGAUCACGACAGCCUCCGUUGCGAUGCCGGCGAAGGGCUGUCCCUAGGCAUCAUGGUGACCGACGCCUGCGUCUACCAGCCUUACCAAGGGGUGUCCUCCUCACCGGGGCUCUCUGAGGACGACCUCAGCAUCUCCUCAAGCCCUCGAUCGUCGCUCUGCUCCAGCCCAGAUGCCUCGUCGCCCAAAUCCCACGCCCACGCGAGCUCCAGCUAUGAGAGCAGAAGCUCUUCUGGAGGCGAGAGUCAGGACAGCCUGCUGGACCUCCUUCUCACGCAGGGAAUGAACAACUCGAUAAGCUCCAACAGCACCUUGCUCUCCUCCCCACCUUCUUCAUCUUCCACCACCCCACUUUUGCCCAUGGGCCUCAGUUGGGAGUCAAAGAGGGACCAGCGGUUGGGUCUGCUCCAGCACCAAGCCAAAGAGAACUAUUGCGAGUUCCCGAUUUUCCUGGAUGAGCUACAGGAUCCCGCGACGCUCCUCUUUCAGCCCACUCUGGAAGAGAUCGAAGAGUUCUUGGAAGAGAACAUGGUGGUCGCGAUGGAGAAGGAAGACGAGGGAAGCGAUGAGGCAAUGUCGCCGACGGCAGAGUUCUCGGAGGCCGAAAGGGCUGAAACGAUACCCCGAGAGGUCUCGCAGAACUCGGAUCAGACUGUACCCGUGGCCCAUUCUCCGCCGUCCUCCCACAGAGAGAACAAACAAACACUAAACACAUCAACAGUCGAUGCGAGCGCGAUAAAUUUGAGCUGCGGUUACAGUGAAGUCGAUGGAAUCAAACAGGAAGACUGUGGAUCGCCAUCAGCCUCGGGUGAAAACGCCGGCGCUGCUUCCAACGUGCCGGUUAUCUUACAAAUCCAGCCCGUCCAGAUCAAACAAGAGCCUCAAGCCUGCACCGUCUCCGAUGCUCAAAUGCAAGAAACUCAUUUGCAGAAAUCUCAACCGACGCAGGGUCCAUCGGAUAUCAAGAUUGCCCAGCUCCUGGUCAACAUCCAGGGCCAAACCUUUGCCUUGGUGCCUCAGCUGCUCUCCCCAGCAAACAUUGCAUUUGCAAACAAAAAUUCCUCCAAAUUUGUUCGGAUCGCACCAGUGCCCAUAGCGGCCAAACCCACCGGGCUCGGAGAAAGCGGGUUAGGUAGCGGCUCAACCGCAGGGGUCCUCGCUGGAGGUCAGAGGUACCAGAAGAGUGCAGUGGCAGACCUUAUUAAAAUGCACAAGUGCUCUUUUCCGGGCUGUAAUAAGAUGUACACCAAAAGCAGCCACCUUAAAGCGCAUCUGAGGAGGCACACUGGAGAAAAGCCUUUUGCGUGCACGUGGCCUGGUUGUGGAUGGAGGUUCUCCCGAUCGGAUGAGCUGUCCCGACACCGGCGCUCCCACUCCGGAGUGAAACCAUAUCAGUGCAUCGUCUGCGAGAAGAAGUUUGCCCGCAGCGAUCACCUGUCAAAACACCUCAAAGUCCACCGUUUUCCACGAAGCAACAGGACAGGGCGCUCUGCAAACUGACCCCUUUGACCCCCGCUCUGAAAGACUGACACUAAGCGAGGGGCGGGCGCAUGUGAUGAAGGACAGAGGAGGACAUGGGGUUGGACUUGCGUGUUCAAAUGCGCAUGUGACGUACGUACUGUGAUCAUGUAAUGGGUUGCAAUGAAAUGACUGUAUUAGGUAGACACAAAUGUUACUUGACACAAACUUCACAAGUGGAAUAAGCUUCUUGUACAGGACAACUUUAUUUUGUCUCACUCGCUUUUGGAACUAAUCAAAAUGGAAUAGCAUUAUGGUAUUCAGAGUAUUUUUUAUAUUUUUGUGUCCAAAGAGCCUACAAAAGUUGCAUUGUAUGAAAAAAAUGAAGUGAUUCUUUGAUGCCUUUUGGAGCCAAUUGUUGCCACACAGGAUCAAGCAAAACAGUUGUUAUAUUUUAAUGUGCUGGACAUUUUAUUGUUGUGCUCUGUGAAUAAUGGUGGCCUUGGUUUAAUUAGUCCCCUGCCAAGAAAAGGGACUACUCUGGAUUUGAUCCGAGUCAAGCUUUUAGCCCGUGCUUCAUAACUGAGCUUCUAACGCUCAAGUCAAAACAACCAAGCAAUUGGUUUGGAAUAAUCUCUUCCAGGCAUUGUUGGAACCAAUUCAAACUGUUAUUGCUGGUCUAUGUCAAAGCUGCAACGCUACACACGCUACGACUUUUGCCUGUUAAGUAAAAGUCAAUGUCUUCUGGAUUGACCCACCACAGAGAAGAGUGUUGGCAACAGCCCCGACAAAUGUAAAUGAUUAAAAAAUGGCCAAGUAUUUAAAAUGAGGCUUCAAAAUCGUUCAAAAUAACAUUAAAACAAAACUUCCAAAGACAUAAAUCAUGCCCUUGCCUCCGCUCUCAAAUGCUGUGGACCACUGAAUUCGCUGAAAUCACGCCCCACUCAACUGUGAACUGUCAAUCAAAUACAAGAACUAUGGGGUCGUUGUCACAGGGUGUUUCCACACUGUGACAAUGAGGAUGUAUUUUUGGGGGUGUAGCUAGAGCUUACUAGCUAACUGCAGUUUGCAAAUGUGCCAUAUAACCGCUGAAGUGGAUUCAAGCAGGUGGUGGGUCGAUGAAUUUUGCAUCCAAGCUACUGGUUCCUGUUGUAGCCAAGGCCAAAAUAAUCCGGAAAAUUGAAAUGGUCAAAAUCAGUUCAAUGCCCCAGUUGAGCACUGCUUAGUUUUAGUUUUUCAUAUUUUCAACCUUUUUUACAUGUAUCACGCAUUUGGAAACAUGCAACAUUUUGACACCCGACAACUCGUAUUCUAGGUCAAAGUCAAAGCGAGAACCCUAACGAUGUUCAACGAUAUUGUACAGACAACCUCGGAGGUUGUUUGUUUGUGUUUGUUUUCAGCAGCGUACCAGGAACAUCUUCCCACCACUUUUCUUCAUAUUUUUAAUAGUGAUUUUGAAUGAUAUCUUGACCCCAAAGGUAUCCGGGGACAAGCAUUUUAUAUUUUGGCAGCAUACCAGUCACACCCUUAUUUUCCCGAAACUCAAAUCCUUUGUCCACUUCAAAGCAAGAAACCAGUUGAUUUUGAAUGAUAUCUUAGAAACACAGUCUGAGGUAGCUAGCAUAGGUAGCUAGCAUAUGUUCCUUUUUUGGCAAUGUAACAGUCACAGCUUUCGACUGGUUGUAUUCAUAAUAAGAGGUCAAUAUCAGAGCAUGGCUGUUCCAUUAUAUUUAUCUGUCGAUCGCCAGAGAUGUGACUGUGCCGAAAUCUGUCACAUCUGAACAUGUUCCGUUUCAGCAACUCAACUUCAAAUUGAUGGUGUCAGAUCCAAGACGCCGCAGUUUAGCUCUAUGCAAGUCAAUGAAGAUGUUGCGGGUGACACGCUGCUGCUUCUUUUCUGCUUCUUAUUCCAUACAUGGAAGAGUAAACGCCGCAUCAACAUUCCUUUGAGUUCUGAAUACGUUUCCUGGUUAAAAUUAAUAUGAAAAUAAAAACAUUGUGUACGGAUAAUGCUUUCCGCUGAAAUCAUGACACUGUAUAAUUUGCAGCGGCAUGCAAAACAUUUUUGGUUGUCUGGCCUCCCUGAAUAUUUGAGAAUUGCCAUGUUGUUUUUGUAUUGUGGUCAAUCUCGAUUGAGAUCUUAGCAAUGCCUUCGUUGCCUCAUCUGGUCUCAAUGUCGACUCUCUGACUUCUGACGAAUCAAAAGUGGGUGCUGUUUUUUGUGUCUGUGUUUCAGUUCACAAUUAUUAAUUGGCUCUGUUAGAAGUGAGCCAUUUCGUAAAACGUUCAUGUCCCUUUAAUUUAUCCUGUCACAGAUGUGAAAGAAGUCAUAAAAUAACUUGCCAAUGGACACAUUCUUGAGCGUGCCAAACAAACUUGGAUCUUCUCUGGUGAAAUCAAAUCUAUAUAUUAUUCACAUGACUUAACAACAGUUUGAUUUCAUGACAGAUUAAAUAUUUUAUAUUUCAAAUGAAAUAAAUGAUUUCUAAUA